CGGAGGAGGCGGGACCGGCACUGAAGCCGGCGCCGGAGCUACGAAAGCGGGCGCGACUUGGGCUUUCCGAGCCCCCCUUCCUUCCCCGGUCCUUCUCCUGUCCGCCCUGAGCGUUCCUGCAGCCCGUGAUCCCCGCCCCCAAGCCCCCCAUCCCCUCCCCUGGCUGGCGGCGGCAGGUACAAUGGAACAUGUAGAAAGUUCUGAUCAGAAUAUACAGGAAGAAUCACUUCCAGGUGAAGUGGAAGGUAGAAGUGCAAUUCAGCAUGUUACUCAGGAAGAACAAGGACAACUCCUUUUUCAUGAAGAAACCAUUGAUCUUGGUGGAGAUGAAUUUGGGUCUGAAGAAAAUGAAACUGUCUCAGAGGAUUCAAAUAACUUUAUAGAUAAACUUAAUGAACACAUGAUGGAAAGUGUGAUUAUUUCUGAUUCUCCAAACAACAGUGAAGAUGAUGCAGGUGAACUUGGUUGCUUGCAGGACAUUGUGGAGCCUGCAGAAGACAAAAGUGAUCACAGGUUGGAACAAGUACUAGAUAAAGAAGAGAUUGUAACGCUGAGUAAUGAUAGUGAAACUGAUCAUGAUGAUACACCUAAAGACAUUUCUGACAUGACAAGUGACAGCAGAGCAUCUUUGAAAGAAGAGCUGACACAAGAAGAAACAAAAGAUGAGUCCAUGUUUGGAAAUGAAGGGACAAUUGAUUCAGUUCCAAGUGAUGACAAAACGAAUUCAGAGGAGCAGAUGUCAGAUAUUUCUUCCAGUCAUUCUUCUAAAGAUGAUCCUAUUCCUGUGUGUACCAUUUUUAGCCAAUCAAAUCAAGCUAAUUCUCAGCCUCAGUUGUUCCUUCAUGAUGGCUUUGAACCCCAGAUGGUAAAAUCUCCCAGUUUUAGCAGUGCAAGUGAAACUUCUGCCAAGACCCCACCACAGGUGGUUCAACCAAGUCCUAGCCUGAGCAAAUUUUUUGGAGAUACUGUUAAUACUAAUUCCUUGGCUUCUGAUUUUUUUGAUUCAUUUACUACUUCCACUUUUAUCUCUGUCAGUAAUCCUAAUGCAGGCACUUCAGUGCCAGAAAAACUCUCCUCACUGUCUACGCCAGUGGGAGAGAGUUCUCCUGAUUCUGCUGAACCUUCUUACUCAGUAGGAAUUGAAAGAUCAGAAUCUGGUGUUUCCACAGCAUCUCUAGAAACUUCUCAGUCUCCAAAGCCAUUUUCACAGAUCCAGGCUGUGUUUGCAGGGAGCGAUGAUCCCUUUGCCACAGCCCUGAACAUGAGUGAAAUAGAUCGAAGAAAUGAUGCUUGGCUUCCCAGUGAGGAAACAAGAAAUGUUUUAAUUUCUGUAGCAACUCAACAAUAUAGCACAGUAUUCAUAGACAAGGAGAAUCUCACCAUGCCAGGCUUAAAAUUUGACAAUAUUCAGGGAGAUGCAGUUAAAGAUUUGAUGCUUCGUUUCCUGGGUGAACAAGCUGCAGCAAAGAGACAAGUUUUGAAUGCUAACUCAGUGGAACAAUCUUUUGUUGGAUUGAAACAGCUAAUUAACAGCAAAAACUGGAGGGCAGCAGUUGACCUGUGUGGACGACUUCUUACAGCCCAUGGCCAAGGCUAUGGCAAAAGUGGGCUACCUACCAGUCACACAACAGACUCUCUUCAGCUCUGGUUCGUGAGGCUAGCCCUGUUAGUGAAGCUGAGCCUUUUCCAGAAUGCUGAAAUGGAAUUUGAGCCUUUUGGGAAUCUGGACCAGCCUGAUCUUUAUUAUGAGUACUACCCUCAUGUGUAUCCUGGGCGAAGGGGCUCAAUGGUACCUUUCUCAAUGAGGAUUUUGCAUGCUGAGCUUCAGCAGUACCUGGGAAACCCUCAAGAGUCACUUGAUAGACUUCACAACAUGAAAACCAUCUGUAGUAAGAUACUGAAAAAUUUGGAACAAGGCUUAGCUGAAGAUGGGAGCAUGAAUAACAUUACACAAGAAAAUAGGCAUGCCUCUGUUCAGCUGUGGAGGUCACGUCUGGGCCGGGUGAUGUACUCCAUGGCAAACUGUCUGCUAAUGAUGAAGGAUUAUGUACUUGCUGUAGAUGCAUAUCAUUCAGUUAUCAAAUACUACCCAGAACAAGAACCUCAGUUGUUGAGUGGAAUUGGAAGAAUUUUCCUUCAGAUUGGAGACAUAAAAAUGGCUGAAAAGUAUUUUCAAGAUGUUGAGAGAGUAGCACAGAAACUGGAUGGACUUCAGAAUAAAAUAAUGGUUUUAAUGAACAGAGCAUUCCUUCAUCUUGGACAGAAUAACUUUGCAGAGGCUCACAAAUUCUUCACAGAAAUUCUGAGGAUCGAACCAACUAAUGCAGUGGCUAAUAACAAUGCUGCUGUUUGUCUGCUUUAUCUGGGGAAAUUGAAGGAUUCUCUCCGGCAGCUGGAAGGGAUGGUUCAGCAGGACCCUAAAAAUUACCUACAUGAGAGUGUUCUUUUCAAUUUGACAACUAUGUAUGAACUGGAGUCAUCCCGAAGUAUGCAGAAGAAGCAGUCUCUGCUUGAGGCUGUAGCUGUCAAAGAGGGUGACAGCUUUAACACUCAGUGUCUCAAGUUAGGAUAGAUCAUUUAAUUUUGCCAGUUCUUUUCCUGAAAGGCUAAUUAAAAAACUGUAUAUACUAAAGCUAAUAUAUAAAUGUUACUCUAACAGAUUAAAAAAUAUCUCUUGUGUUAUUGUAAUUUGGAGAGUAGCUGAGGUGUCUAAAGGGGGUCUGGAGCAACCACCCAGGCUCUCCCAGUCCUGACAGUUUAUUGAGCUUCAGCCAGCUUUCUUUCUGCAUCCCUGCAACUAUUUUUGGAGGAAAAAGAGGUAAACAUACUAUUAGACUGUUAUUCAUAGCUAGAGACAAUUCAAAUUAUGCAGUUGGAGGCCUUUUGUUUACUCACUGAAACUAACCUGCUUCAUUUAUUUAUUUCGGAAUAUCCUAAGAGAGAAGUUGAAAAAUCUAAUACAAACUAAACUCAGUAUAUGCCCAAGUAUUCAAGGGAAUUUAUGAAUAAUGAAAGGGAAAUUUCAAACACAGACUGUCAUUUAUCUUCUACAACUGGUAGCCACCUUCUCCUGCAUCGCCCUAAAACUAAAUGCAUCAGUUUUAUUAAUCAAAUUCUUUUUCAACCUCAUGCUUAAAACCUUGGGCUCUCAGACAAGUUUUUUAAUCCAGGGGGAAGAAUUCAUCAUUAAGUCUCUUCUCUUUUAUACUUUAUAAACUGAGGACACGGGAGUAAAACAUAUAAAUGAAGUAUAAUUUUUGAAGGUGAAAUAUACACAUGUGUACAGUACUUUGCUGUUUUUAUAUGUAUAUAUUAGUAAAUUAUGAGAUAUGUACGGAACAAAAAUAUACGUACACAUUAAUCUUUUGUGUUUGGGUUUUAGUCCAUUACCAUAUUUAGGAAUCUAUGUCUUGUUUUCAGAAAGACCAAUAUGCAAAAAAGGCAAAUGAGGGGAUGAUUAUUCACAUUAUUGAAACAUUCUUCACAAUACAGAAGGAUAAUCUUCAAGGGCUUCUUAAAUGGAAGCACUUUAAAUGAUUCACUGUAAACUAACUGGUCAAAAACAUAAGGUAAAUCUGUGUUUCCUUUUGACUUGUAAAGGUUGUUUUGUUUUGUUUUUCUGAAAAUGCAUAAAUAGUUCCUAAAAAUAUAGGUAUCUCAUCUGUCUGGCAAACAUUUUUUAAGUACUUUACUAUAUUUUAGAUAAGGGAUUCUUAACCUCAGGUUCAUAAAGCUAUUUUUAAAAUAUUUUUAUAACUAUUUCAAUAUAACUGGUUUCCUUUGUAAUCAUUUUGUUUCAUGUAUUUUAAAACAUUCUGAGAGAGUCCAUAGGCCAAAAUGGGCCAUGACAAACAAAAAGGUUAAGAAACCGUGCUUUAGAGACUGAUUAUAUAGCAUUAAAGAUGAAGAAAGCAGAAAAGACCUGAAAUUAUAAUACUACACUAAGAUUUUUUUAAAAAUCUGGGCACAUAGGAAAACAAAAUUAAAACUUUUCACUUAAAAAAGGCAAAGUAUCAGAUGAUGUAAUUUGGAGUCUUUCACCUCAAGGACUGUGCUUCUAAUCUGGCCCCAGGGGACUGAGAGAUGGAGGCUUUCCCCUCUGGCUCAAAUCUGGAACCAAAUGGGGGAGGGAGACAGGCAGUCUCAAGGGGAUUGGUAAUGGAUUAUAGAAUCUGUCAUUUCUAGGUCAGUGGUUCAAAACAGGAGGAGGUCACUUGUGCAUGAAAGUGGUUAAUGUCUCAGGGUUGUCUCCUAGACAUAGCUGAAGUAAAUUGAAAGUAUGAAUCAUAAUUCCUACUAGGCAGUCAUCUACAUCCCAGAAACCACUACCUUCAUUCCCAUUAAUUGGUACCCAUAGUAAGAAUGUCACUAGAGAAGGGCCAUGCAUUGAGUGGGUUCUAUUGAUCUAAAUACCCUUUUAGGCCUACAAAUGACUUCAUCCAAUCAGUUAUGAGCUAAUGGAGUUUAAGGAUGAAAGAAUACACAUUGCCAGUCUUAGUGUGCUUUGUACUCUAGAUUGAUAGCUUAAGCUUGGUGGGUAUUUUUUUUUUACUUGUUUGGGUUUUUUAGUAUUUUUUUGGAGGGGGAUAAUUUUGUUGGAUUUUGAUUUUUUCACUUAGUCUCUCAUGAUCUCUUAAACAUAAGCAGAAAUAGUCUUUGCUUGUGUAUUUGCAACUAGUUUAUCAAAUGGUGCUGUUAAUAUAUUUGAUGCACACUUGUUUAUCUUUUUUUAAAUACAAAAAUCUUUCUUUGGCACAUCCAUACUUUGUUAUUCACCACUAAAAUGGGGACUAGAAGUAAAUGAUAUCUAAGAUUUUAAGGACUGUCAUGAAGAAGCUGGAUUAUAGUUGUUCCGUUUGAUCUGAGAGGACUAAAAGAAUAUUAAUUUUCCCCUUUUUAGGAAAUUUAAGAGAGAUAAAGGUAAGCUUGAUUUAGGGGAAAAACUUAGUAACUUCAGAAGUGGAAUGGGCUACUCUGGGACACAUUUGAACUCUGUCUCACUUAGAAGUCUUGGAGCAAAGGCUGGCUUGGGUGACCACUUUUGGGGGAUAGUAUAGGUAUCUCUUAGGUACAAGCUGGACUAAAUGGCAUUAAGGUAAGUAAUCUUACUUCAUGCUGACAGUUUCUUUUUGACAAGCCUAUCCGGUGCUCUAGUUCACAUGUCUCCAGAGGUACAAUCAGCUUCAGAUCAGUCAAGCUUCAAAACAUGAACCAAACACAGGUCAGUAAUCACUAGCUGAAUGACUGCACCAGGCUGCUGAGGGAACUAGGUUUUAUGCUUCUCUUGGAGACUAAGAGAACAUUCAUUUUGAUACUUUCAAACACUGCAGUUUACCCAUUUGUUAAUUUGCUUGUUGUUGAAAACAAUUCUUAUUAACCAGUCAAGUGACUGACAAAUAAUGACAAGCCGGGCGGAUUCCUGGAAGGAAUUCUCCCUUUGGCCAAAUUGGAUGUUUAAAUGUCACAGACGCUGACCAAAGCAACUAAAUGUAUAGCUAUAGCCCUUCCACGCCUUGGGGAUUAGUAGUGUGGUGUCCCCACAGUCUGGAAAGUCCAUGUAAAAUUGUUUGGCCCUCCCUUCAUAUCAGAGAAGUCUGAAUUAUCAUGGUUUUAAAAAGAUAAACUAUGUUAAUAUUAUACAAUACAUAUAUUUUAUGCAUUUCUGAGUUUAAACUUUCUUUGUUAUUUUCCGGCCUUUGUAUGUUGUCUGUAGCUUCCGGAAGACUCCCCCAGAAUUCCCAUUUAAAUUCUUAUGCCAACCCGUGAUAUAUAUCACAGCUGCAUUGGGGAGAGUCGCAGUAUAGAAGGGAUAACUGUGAUAACCUUGAGCACAUUGCAGACCCAUUUUUUAUCUGCUCAGUACCUGACACCUGCUGAUUGUCACAUCCAUUAAACAUUAUACAUGAUCAAGAGCUAAAGAUAUUAGAGUAUCAAUGCAACAAUGCCAACCAAUCCUAACAUUUUAAUAGCACUUAAUUACCAUAAGCAGAUGUCCUCCAUAUUCCUAUGAUAGAUGACUGAAAUACCUAUAAAAACACCCUCUAGGGGCAGCUAGGUGGUGCAGUGGAUAAAGCGCCAGAUCUGGAUUCAGGAGGACCAGAGUUCAAAUCUGGCCUCACACACUUGACACCUACUAGCUGUGUGACCCUGAGCAAGUCACUUAACCCCCAUUGCCCUGCAAAAAAACUCAAAAACAAACAACAACAACAAAAACCCACCCUCUAGGACAGGGUUCUUAACACGAGGUCCAUGAACCUGUUUUGUUUUUUUGUUUUUUGUUUUUUUAGUGAGGCAAUUGGGGUUAAGUGACUUGCCCAGGGUCACACAGCUAGUAAGUGUC